GAAGAGAUUUUUAAGUCCUAGUCGAGCCAAAAGCUGGGCUUAUUUCUAUACCUACAGUGCUGGACUUGCAAGUGUAAAGAUCAUAUUUUAAAUACUGUUGACAAAGCUGAUGGCUGGGCUCCUACAAGCAACACAAGGAAAAUACUCAGUAUUCGUUACUGGGGGAAACGUCAAUGUUGGUUACAGAUCGCGAAUGACUUGUUACUCCGGGCAGCGAAGAGAGCAACUAUUGAAAGAUGUCCCAAGUUCAACUCUCAGCGAGCUUGUUAUGUUGCUGAACAACCCUAGCCCCCUCAGAAACAAUUGGAAAGCCAUGGCGGCCGAGAUGUCUCUGAGCUUUCAAACAGUACAAAGUUUAGACUACUAUGGUGCGGAUGGAAUGAUGAAUGGGGUGCUCGAGAUAAUGUUUCAAAGAGCAAAAACAGUCCGGCACUUAGUGGAUAUGCUGAGGAAUAUCCAAAGGCCUGAUGUCAUUGCAAUCUUGGUUAAAGCUGGUUUGCAAGAGGGCGACGUACACCUAAUAGAUUUGAGUGAUGAUGCAAACACAGAAGACCUCAGUAACGAAAAUGUCUCUCGUGUAACCAUAAAGACAACCAGCUCAACUAACUCCAUUGAUCACAAGCAAUCAAGUGGCCACACGCAUGCAUUAUGGGAAAACCCUAGCAAGGACACACCACGCCAAGGCAGUGUACCCGAAUCCACAAAUGUUACAAAUAGCCGUAGGAGUCUUCAAGAGCCGUUAGACAACACCAUUCCCCGUGUUGAAUCAGAUGGGGCGCCCUUCGGUACAGCUCUGGGUGUCUGCGUCGUGCCAGUAAAUAUCACAGCUGAUGAAAGACAUAAAGAGGAAGUUGUGGUACUUGAACGUCAAGAUUUUAAAAAUUCUAUUAUUUAUAGAAUAAUUAGGUUAAUAGUGGUCACUUAUUCCGUGUUACGUGAUAGCUUCAGCUUAGGGUCGAGGCAGUAGCACAUUGUAUCAAGUUGUGUAUAGGUUAUUAAUAUUCUGCUUCGCUUAAUUUACCUAGAAAGCUAACGGAUCCAUUAAUAGCCUGUAGUCCACGUCGUCCAUGCCGAUUUCUUACUUUCCGUCGGACAUUUCGUUGAAUUCCAACAUUGAUUUUGCUUACGUUUGCUCCAGUUCUUUACUGAAGUUGGACAAUAUUUUGUUGCUACUGUUGUUGUUUUCUUAUUUAAAGACUACUGUUGUGAAGUUAGGGGGAAGAUAGCUUUAGACAAACUCGCUGAGCGAAGGGUACCAGGUGUAUCGGAUCACAAUAUCUUCUUAUUUAAUGUACCACUGCCCUGUUGUUAAAAUGUCACUACAAAAUCCAACUUCAACUACUAUUAACAAAAGAUACGCGCUUGUAUGUGAGGUA